GCCCAGUCACAUUGUUUCCCCUUUUGAUCAUCCAUCGCCGGAGGAGACUGAGAGAGGGAAUUCGAUUCUGAGUGAAAAAGUCGAUAAAAAGUUCUGAGAAGGAAUCAUUGCACAACAAAGCAACAAAACCUAUAGAUUAUUAUUAUUACUGAGUCAUUGUUUAAGAAGAAAUCACACAGUAAUGGCUUCUUCUUUGACUCAUUGCUAUUCUUCUCCUUCUUCCACCACUACUCUCCUCCUCCGCCGCCGCCAUCCCAUCAAUGUGGGUCCCACCUCUCUCCGCUUCUUCACCAUUCACUCUUCUCCCUCUUCAUCCCGUGUUCUCUCCAUUGGUUCAUAUGUCGCCCGAUACAAUGCUAAUUUUUUUUCCGGUGCCUAUAUGUCUGCUAGUGCUACCGAGGCUUCUUCUGCCAAGGUGAUUGAUGGAAAAACGGUGGCAAAGCAAAUCAGAGAUGAGAUAGCAGUUGAAGUCUCCAGGAUGAGAGAAGCCGCAGGUGUGAUUCCAGGGUUAGCUGUUAUCCUUGUCGGAGAUAGAAAGGACUCUGCUACUUAUGUGCGUAACAAGAAGAAGGCUUGUGAAACUGUUGGAAUAAAUUCGUUGGAAGUAAAUUUGCCCGAGGAUUCCACAGAAGAAGAAGUUUUGAACCAUAUUGCAGGUUAUAAUGAUGAUCCUUCGGUUCAUGGCAUUCUUGUUCAGCUACCUUUACCAUCUCAUAUGAAUGAACAAAAUGUGUUGAAUGCUGUUAGAAUCGAGAAGGAUGUAGAUGGUUUUCAUCCAUUGAAUAUUGGUCGGCUUGCUAUGCGAGGGAGAGAACCCCUGUUUGUUCCCUGUACACCAAAGGGAUGCAUAGAACUACUCCACAGAUAUGGCGUUUCUAUCAAAGGAAAGAGGGCUGUUGUGAUUGGCCGUAGUAAUAUUGUUGGAAUGCCAGCUGCUCUCUUGUUGCAAAGGGAAGAUGCUACUGUCAGUAUUGUUCAUUCCAGAACUACUAACCCUGAAGAGAUCAUUAGACAAGCAGAUAUCAUCAUCGCUGCUGUUGGCCAACCAAACAUGGUUAAGGGAAGCUGGAUAAAACCCGGUGCAGUCAUUAUUGAUGUCGGAAUCAACCCGGUAGAUGAUCCAAGUAGUUCUCGAGGUUAUAAAUUGGUUGGAGAUGUUUGUUAUGAAGAAGCCGUAAAAGUUGCCUCUGCUAUUACACCUGUUCCUGGAGGUGUUGGUCCAAUGACUAUUGCAAUGCUUCUACAAAAUACGCUCAUCUCUGCAAAGAGAAUCCAUAGUUUUGAAUAAUAAUCUAACAAAAUGAUGUAUAUCAUUAUGAGCCAUCAGUUCUUGAUUAGAAGAGUCUUGGAUUUUGCCUUAUCUUUGAUUUUAUUGUACUUUGAUAAAAAGUUGGAGGUGGAGGAGGAGUUUACCACUUCCAUAUAGGUUCAUUUGUCGGAAAAAAGUCUCCGUCCAUGUCUACUUAGAGUACACAACUCAAUAAUGUUUACGUAUAAUUAGAGUACUAAAGUAGACAUGUUUGUGAAAAAAGGUGUAAUUUAAUGAAAAAAUUAUAACCCACAUCAAUCUUAUUGAUCUAGUUACUUUUGUCUCUAAUA